AUGAAUGCUCUCUUUCACUUCCCGAAGAUUACCAAUGUCUACUUCCUCGCAUCAAUUGCGACGGUUGGUGGCAUGCUGUUUGGUUUCGAUAUUUCCUCGAUGUCAGCCAUCAUUGGGACUCAACAAUACAUUGACUAUUUCGAUAACCCGCAAGGCAUCACUCAAGGAGGAAUCGGUGCUGGACUGGCUGGUGGUUCUGUGAUUGGAGCAAUCAUCGCUGGACCAGUAUCCAACAAGAUCGGUCGUCGAGAUGCAAUCUUUUUCGCCUGUAUAUGGUGGCUCCUUGGAACGGCCCUUCAGACUGCCUGUAAUGGCAUUCCUAUGUUGAUCUGUGGUCGCUUCAUCAAUGGAAUUUGUGUUGGUAUCACCUCUUCCCAGGUCCCUGUCUACCUUGCCGAAAUCGCGAAAAAAGAUGCCAGAGGUUCGAUUAUCGUUAUUCAGCAAUGGGCGAUCGAGUGGGGUAUCUUCAUCAUGUAUUUCGUUGGAUAUGGUUGCUCGUUCAUCACAGAUACGCCAACGGCAUCCUUCAGAACUGCUUGGGCUAUUCAGUUCGUCCCAGCUAUCUUCCUUAUGCUCGGCAUUCCUUUCCUCCCAAGAUCACCUCGAUGGCUGGCCAAAGUAGGACGAGAGAAGGAAGCUAUCCAAAUCCUUGCAGACAUCCAAGCCAAAGGCAACAUCAGUGAUCCUCUUGUCGUCGCAGAAUGGGAGGAAAUCACCACCAUUCUGGCGGCCGAGCGGGAAGGUCAGAAGGGAUGGAGACGUUUCUUCAAGAAUGGAAUGUGGAGACGAACACUUGCUGGCACCUCAGUCCAAGCUUGGCAACAACUCAGUGGGGCCAACGUCAUGACCUAUUAUGUUGUCUACAUCUUUGAAAUGGCAAAUUUGACUGGUAACACUGGUCUUGUUUCUUCAGGAGUGCAGUACGCUAUUUUCAUCAUCGGAACAGCUGCAACAUUCUUCUUCAUUGACAAGACUGGUCGUCGACCACUUUUGAUUUAUGGCGCAGUUGGAAUGGGGAUAUGCAUGAUGGUUGUCGGAGGUGUGCUUGGAAGUUAUGGCACAUAUCUGCCUGAUGGAUUGAAAGGCAAUCUGAGCGUCAGGGUCCAGGUAACAGGUUCGCCAGCAUACACUGUCAUCGCAUUCUGCUACAUCUUGGUCUUGAUAUACUCUCUCACGCUCGCUCCAAUUGCAUGGGUCUACGCUGCUGAAGUGUGGUCUUUGGAGACUCGAGCCACCGGCAUGGCACUUGCAUCUGUUGCAAACUGGCUCUUCAAUUUUGCGAUCGGCCUCUUCAUUCCAGCUGCUUUCCAGAACAUUUCGUGGAAACUCUUCAUCAUCUUCGGAACUCUCUGCUUUGGUGCUGCGAUCCAAGCCUUCUUCACCUACCCAGAGACAGCAGGCAAGACACUUGAAGAAAUUGAGCUCAUGUUCAGAAAAGGAGGACCAAAGCCAUGGAAGACGAAACCUGGUGACAGUUUGUUGGAUCAGAGAAUUCUAGAAGUUACAGAGCAUAGCACGAAGCGAGGAGGUAUUACUGAGGGUAUGGAGGAGGAGAGAAUGGAAUAUGGUGAGAAGAGUGCUGUUUGA